UACCUGUUUUACUUUCACUUUAAUCGUCUCGGUGUGAAGACAGCAAGACUUUCAGCAGAUAUCUUGCUGCUCUCCAGUUGAGUUUCCUGUGAUGAUUCCAGCAGAGACAUUUUGACAACAUCUGCAUUUGAUCUUCAGUUGAAUUGGUCUCUGGUGUUUCCAGCAGAGUGACAUCAUGGCGUCUGCAGCAUCAGUCACAGAUGAUCAGCGUCCUCUGAAGCGCAAUAGCAUUGAGCUCCAGCCUCCUGACAUGUCUGAGCUGAGGGUUGUUCUGCUGGGGAACAGCUGGUCUGAGAGGAGUUCAGUGGGGAACUUCAUACUGGGAGAGACUAAGUUCAACACUGAGGAAGAACCAGACGACUGUCUGAGAGAAAGAGGACGGUUGAAGGAGAAAGAAAUGGUUCUCAUCAACACCCCAGAUCUGCUGCAUCCCAACGUCUCUCAACACAAACUGAUGGAACAUGUAAAAACCUGUGUGAGACUCUCUGAUCCUGGACCUCAUGUGUUCCUGCUGGUUCUACAGCCUGAAGACUUCACUGAGGAACACAAACUGAGGCUCUGCAGAGUCCUGAAACUCUUCAGUGAUCGAUCAUUUGAUCAUUCACUGGUUCUGAUAUCAACACCCAGAGAGGAGAGUCCAGGUUUGAUGGAAAAAUACAUGGAACAGCCUCCAUUAAAAGACCUGAUCAGAAAAUGUGGAAACACGUACCUGAAGCAGAAGAACCUUGAACUUCCAGAGCUGUUAACACGCUUGGAUCAAAUCGUAAAGGAGAAUAAUGAAGAUCAUGUCAUCUGUGAAGUGUUGAAGGAUGCAGGUUCAAUCAUCAGACCAAAGUCUGAACACAUCAAACCAGCUUUAAACCUGGUUCUGUGUGGGAGGAGAGGAGCAGGGAAGACUUCAGCAGCCAAGGCCAUUUUAGGUCAGACAGAGUUUCAUUCAGUCUCCAACUCAUCAGAGUGUGUUAAACAUCAGGGAGAGGUGUGUGGACGUUGGGUUUCCCUGGUGGAGCUGCCUGCCUUGUAUGGAAAACCUCAGGAGGCAGUGAUGGAGGAAUCACUCAGGUGUAUCUCCCUCUGUGAUCCUGAGGGCGUCCAUGUCUUCAUCCUGGUCCUACCUGUGGGUCCCCUCACUGAUGAAGACAAGGGAGAGUUAAAGACCAUCCAGAACACAUUCAGCUCUCGAGUCGAUGACUUCACCAUGAUUCUGUUCACUGUGGAGUCAGAUCCUGCAGCUCCAGCUUUUGUUAACUUUCUGAAGGAAAACAAGGACAUCCAGGAGCUCCGUCAGAGCUGUGGAGGAAGAUAUGUUGUUCUCAACAUCAAGGACGAGCAGCAGAUCCCAGAGCUGCUGGACAUGGUGGAAAAGAUGAGAGCUGAAGGAUCCAGAUGUUUCACAAAGGACAUGUUCACCAGGGCUCAGAUGGAGAAGGCUGUAGAGCAGGAGAACAUUAACACAAGACUUAAAGCUGAACUACACAAUCUAAAACAUAAAAGUGAGAUGGGAACUGAUGACAAAGUUCAGAACGUAGAGUGUCUCAGGAUGGUGCUGAUUGGAAAGACUGGCAGUGGGAAGAGUGCAACAGGAAACACCAUUUUGAACAAAGAACAUUUUAAAUCUACUGUCAGCUCAAAGUCAGUCACCAAGUUUUGUCAGAAAGUAACAGGAGAGAUUGAUGGACGGCCUGUCGCUGUGGUCGACACCCCCGGCUUGUUUGACACGACUCUGUCCAAUGAUGACGUCCAACUGGAGCUUUUGAAAUGCAUCAGCAUGUUGUCUCCUGGACCUCAUGUGUUCUUACUGGUGCUGCAGAUCGGUCGAUUUACACGGGAGGAAAAAGACUCUGUAGAACUGAUCAAGAAGAUUUUUGGCAAGAAUUCAGGAGAUUUCAUCAUUGUCAUAUUCACCAGAGGAGAUGAUCUGAAAAAUCAAACAAUUAAGAGUUACAUAGAAGAAGACUGUGAUGACUUUUUGAAAAAGCUGAUAAAUGACUGUGGAGGAAGAUACCAGGUCUUUAAUAAUAAGGAAAAGACAGACCGCUCACAGGUCAGAGAGUUACUGACCAAGUGCAACAAAAUGCUGAAUGAAAAUGGAGGCAGCUGCUACACUUCAGAGAUGUUUAAAGAGGCCGAGGCAGCGAUACAGAAGGAAGUGGAGAGGAUCCUGAAAGAGAAAGAAGAAGAGAUGCUGAGAGAGAAGGAGGAGCUUCAAAGAAAACAUGAGGAGGAAAUGGAAGCAGUGACGAGAAGAAUGGAGGAUCAGAGAGCAGAAAUUGAACAGGAGAGAAAACAGAGAGCCAAACAACUUCAAGAAAUGGAGGAAAACAUCAAGAAGGAGCGCGAGGAGAGACAGAAAGAACAGGAAAGGAGAGAGGAAGAGGAAAGGAAGAAGAAAAGGCAAGAAGAAAUUCAACAACAGGAGUGGGAACAAAAACAUCAACAUCUAGAGAAAAAAAUAAAGUCAGAAUCAGAGGAAAAGGAAACCAUUGAUAGAAAGCUGGAGCAGAGCAGAGAGGAGAUGAGGAAGAAACAAGAGGAGUGGGAGAAGGAGAGGAAAGAAUGGUGGGACAAACGAUAUCGAGAAGAUGAACGGAGACGACACAAGGAGGAAACAAGACUUCAAAAGCUUCAAGAAGAAUACGAGCAGGAAAGAGAAAAAUCUGACAACAAGAGAAAAGAAGAAGAUCGAAUCAGAAGAGAACAGGAGGAGAAGGAGAGAAAAGAAUUAGAGGAAAACUAUAAGAAAAAACUGGAGGAAAUGAAGAAGAAAUAUGAAGAGGAGGCCAGAAAACAGGCAGAAGAAUUCAACGAGUUCAGACAGAAAUACACCAAAGACUUUGCAGCCUUGGUAGAGAAACACAUGGAGGAAAUACAGGAACUGAAGCAAAGACAUGAAACACAACUGCAAGAGACAGAAGAGCAGCGUAACAAACAGUACAAUCUGUUACAAGAGCUCUCAAGUCACAAAGAAAAAGGACUGAAAGAAGAAAUAGAGGACUUGAGAAAAAAGCUUGAACCAGAAAUAGAAGAUUUAAAAAUGAAAUACCAAAAGAAAUGUAUCAUGUCUUGAUCAUUAUGAUGUUAGCAGAGCGUCAUUACAGCAGGCAUCUGGGCCAGUGAACAGUCUUCCCUGAAAUUGAAACAUUUAAAUGUCAGGCUAGUACAGUUUGAUGAUUUAUUAAGCCAAAACCAAAAGCGAGCACACUUACAAGUUAGCUGAGUCCAAAGAAACCAAGGGGAAUAAUUCAAAAUGAACACACACUGUAAAAAUUAUCAAGGUGGUUUAACUUAAAAACUUCAUUUGCUCAAUGCCUUAAAAAUGUGAGUAAACUCAACUUUAAGAAAAGCUUUGUUUCAACUAUCCAAGUAUCCUCAGUGUACAGAUACAACUAUUUCAACACCUGCAACACAUUAUAUUGUCCAGUUAAACAGUGAACUGUGUGUAGAAACAGUUGAAACACAUUAUAUCUGUAGCUCCAUCUGCAGCCUGAUGCUCUCAGUAACCAACCUCAGGUUCCUGCAGUAACGCUUCACCUCAGGACUGAAUGACUGAUGUUGGCCAGGCUCAGUCAUUUCUAUAGCAGCUGCCAUUUUCACACAGACCAGAUCAGAUGUGGCUCAUGACAUUAAAUAUCUUGGUUUCUGCCUGGACAGCAAAUUAAACUGGGAAAAAAAACACAAGACCGAAAAGACAUUAUUUUCAAGUCAUUUUUCCUAAGGAAACACCGUUUAUCAAGGCACGAUAGUCAGUGUUCUUUUUUAUUCUGUGCUUUGCUGGGGAGGCAGCAUUACUGUUGAGGAUAAAAAUUGGGGCACUAAUUUGAUUAAAAAGGCUUGCUCUGUGAUUGGCCUCCCCGCUGAGUCACUCAAGGUCACUUUAGAAAAGAAAACAUGUACCAGACUGAAGAAUAUCAUGGAUCUUGUAGACCAUCCUCUCCACAGUGUCCUUAAGACACUUAGUAGUUCCUUUAGUGGCUGAAGAUACCUCAGUGUUCUACUGAAUGGCUCAGAAGAUCUUUUAUCCCAACAGCAAUUCGAUUCUUUAAUGAAUAUUUCUGAUUUUUGUUUUUAAGCUCUUAAACUGGUCACAUUUUUAAAAAACCAUCAGCUCGAUCAAGGGUCUAAAAGCUUUAAAUAGGUGCAUUUUUUUCUUGUCUUGUCUGUACAUAUUGUCCUUUUUGUUUGUACUUUAUGUUGUGUGACGUGAGCUGGUGGCAAUUAUUCUAUUCCUCUGCUAACAAAGUCUUACAUUGGGCCUCAGUGCACUUUCAGAUAAUCUCUGGGUAAAUCAAUGAAACACAACUGCUUGUAUAUUUUUAUACAUAUAUGUGUUGAGUGAAGUUUUUUUCUAUAUAUUUAAAACUAAUAAUUGUGCUCCUUUUUAAACCUUAUUUCCACUGGCUGUGCCCUCGUAGUUCAGGGAUUAAGACACUGACCCCAGUUUAUGUCCGGCCGGGGAUGUCAUCUCUCUACAGUCUGUUUUAAAGACACAAAACAAACGUUGUUUCUUGUCACUUUGAAUAUUAUUUACCAUCUUAGUGUCCAGAUCUUCUGGGAAUAAAGUUUUAUAUGUUUUA